ACUGCACCGUUCAAAACACCACCAGAAAUAUUUGUACUUUGCUUUUGGCAGGCAUAUCUCUGCACAUCCCGGUCCGGAAAUAAGUUUAUUUAUAAUUUUUCCAAUUGAAAUGAAAAAUAUUUGAAAUCAACUAAGAAAUCAAUUUCUUUAUCAUAAAUAAAUUGUGAAUCUAGCAAAAAUGUCGGGCGACGUACAACCGCGCAAGCGAAAAGAUAAAAAGAGGAAACGAGAUUCAUUGGAUCGCAGGUCCGAAGGCGAUUUUGUGUUCACCCGAAAGCAAAGCCUACAAGAAGAUGAACCCCGAGAGCAACAUCAAGGAGUUCAUGGCUCGAAAAUGGGAAACGAAGAUGUGCAUUUACAUGUACAAGGAGACCACGAAACUGGAGGGCAUUGGUGUGCGAAAAUAUUUUUCUUCUCACUCUUGGCAAUACUCUUGGGAUUGAUUGGAUUGAUCAUUCUUGAAAACCGAGGACUCGCUGAUUUGGAUACACCGUUAUCAGAAUCAAGAUUUUCAAAUUAUUUUGAUGGCUGGGUUGAUGAACAUCGUGAAGCUCACGAUGAACACGAUGCUGUCUCUGCUUCUAUAGAAGAGCACGAGCAUGGUGAUGAACCUUUUGAAGAAGAAGAAGAUCAUUCUGAAAUAGACGAAGCCGAGGAUGAUGAUGAUGAGAAGGAUCAUGAUGAGGAAGACGAAGAAGAGGAAGAAGAUGAGGAAGAUACCAAAGAAAACGAAGAAGAGAAUGAUAAUGAAACUGAAGAAGUAGAAGCUGAAACAGCUGAAGAAGCCGACGACGAAACUCAGGAGGAAGAAGAAGAAAAUGAUGAUGAGAAUACAGUAGAAGACUCAGCUGAAGAGACGAAAGAAGACGAAGAAGAGGAGACUGAUAACAAAAAUGCAAAUGAUGAUGAUAAUGAAGACGAAGAUACUCAAGAAAAUGAUGACAACCGAGAUGAUGAAGAUGAAGAAGAUGAAGACACAACUGAAGACGUAGAACCAAUCCAAACUCGUUCACAUCAAUCAUCUCAUCAGGCCUCAAGUGCACAAAGUAAAACCAAAGAAGAAGACGACGAUGACGAACCAUUUGAAGAGGAGGACGACGAUGGUACUUUUGAAUCUUUAGAAUCAGUUGUAGUCGAUAACGAUGCUGAGGAACUUUUGCUUCUUCAGGAAAAAGCCCGACAACAACAAGCUUCUGCAAAAAAAGGAGAACCUGAGCCAGAAGAAGAACCUUCAUCAUAUUCUUCGCCACUUGCGGUUAAAAUUGGUGUGGGUGUGGCACUUGCGUUAGUUGCACGCCUUGUAUUGAUUAGGAAAAAUCCGAAUACAAACGAACCAUCACCGGAAGUUUUGAUGAAACGUCGACUGACAAUUGCUGCUCCCGAAGAUACCUUUACCGAGGAUCAUGAUGAAUUAUUGGAAUAUGACGUCAACGAAGAAGAUGAAGCAAUGAAUCUUGAACAGAGCGGAGAAGAAGAAUAUAUUGAAGAAGAAAUCGAAGAAGAAGAGGAAAUCGAAGUUACCGAUGAAGAAUUUGAGGAAGAAAAAAUCGAACAGCCAAAAUAUAAACCCGAAACAUUUGAACAAUUAAACGCCAUGUAUCGACGACCAACUGAUUUCCAAACAAGCAACGUGGAACAAGAAAAUACAAGAAAAGUCAGUCCACCAAAAGUCCCAAUGGACGAACCUAAAACAACUACUAAAGUUCAAGACUAUAGUCAACGCAUAGAACAGCAACCAGUGGCAGCAAGCAAACCUUCACAAUCUCGCUUUGCCCAAUAUCACAGAGAAAAAACUCCACCACCAGAAGUGCCAAUUAAAUUAGCCCAACUCUCAUCCAGUACAAUUCGUCCUGAUGAAAAUGUAGAAUCCAAAGAAAGUCGUGCUUAUGCUGCUGAACAUGAAGAAGAUAUAGAAUAUGAUGAUGAGGAGUUAUACGAUGAUGAAAUGUUAGAAGAGGAAGAAGAAGAGGAAAUUGGUGAUGAUGAAGAGGAUGAGGAAGACCUAUCCGAUGUUGAUGAUUCUGAACUGAUGAAUAGACUGGAAGCAAAAUAUGGGCGAUUGCCAGCCAAAGAAUUUGAAAGUGAUGAAGAUGUUGAAGAUCAAUCGUGGACAAAAAUAAAACCACGUGGUGGAGGUCCCCAGGCAAUGGACGACGAUGAAUUCGAAGAGGAACUCAAAAAAGCAAACGAAGAAAUGCUUCGGGAGAAUCUUAACUCAGCGCUAAACCUAUUUGAAUCCUUGUCACACAAAUUCCCCGACAAACCUGAAGCAUUUCUUGGCAAAGCCAAAAUCCUCGAUAAGCAAUCCGAAAUUCAUCGCAGUAAUUCCAAACUUGGCGAAGCACUUGAUGCAUAUAAAAGAUACUUGGCCUUUGGCGAAGAUAUCCUUAAUGAUACGGAGUUCUCAGAAGUCGCUCAACGAUGUGUGGAUCGAAUGCGGUUUAUGGGUGUUAAUCUGCAAGCUGUACCGAUCCAUGAAAUGCUCAUUGAAAGAUUUCCCAAUAAAGUGUCACAUCGCAAUCAAUUGGCAGUUACAUAUCUUAUGGUGAAUCGUCUUUCAGAAGCGAAACAUGUACUGGAAGACAUCUUAGCUCGAUGGCCAAAUGAUGGCUUUGCAAUGGUUCAUUACGGUUUUGUUCUGAAAAUGCUCAAUCAAAAUCUUCAUCUUGCUGUUGAGUAUUUGCGGCGAGGUAUUGAUUCGCAGAGCCAAGGCACUCAAGAUGGACGAUUUUACUUUAAUCUUGGAGAUAGCCUACAAAGACUGGGUCGACUAGAAGAAGCACGUGAGAUUUACAGGAGAGGAGCAGCUUUAAAACUUUUUCUUUCAGAAUACCAAAGAUCACUAUAUAAUGUAGACACGCUAAAAGCUCAACCUUUUUGGUCUAAGCGAGAGACUGGCUAUGAAGAAUUUCUCAAUCGAAUUGAGGAGAAUUGGAAAGUUAUUCGUGACGAAGGACUAAAGGCACUAAAUGCUAAAGGUACUUUUCAAAAUGAAGCUGAAAAUUUACGAGAUUCAGGAAAUUGGCAACAAUUUGAACUCUUUGCUAGAGGGCAGAGACGAUUGCAAAACUGUUUGGCAGCCCCUGUCACAUGCGGCAUUAUUGAAAUGUUUCCUGCAGCUCGGUUUUGCAAACGGGGUCAGGUGAAGUUUAGUGUUAUGCAUCCUGGAACACACGUAUGGCCUCAUUGUGGGCCAACAAAUUGUCGGCUCAGAGCACAUUUGGGACUUAAAGUACCAUCUGGGACACUAUUGAGAGUCGGUGAAAAUAAUAGAACAUGGGAAGAAGGAAAAUUUCUAAUAUUCGAUGACAGCUUUGAGCAUGAAGUCUGGCAUAAUGGCACCAGUCCACGCCUUGUGUUAAUCGUUGAUAUCUGGCAUCCAGAUUUAACAAAAGAACAACGCCAAAGUUUAUCACCAAUUUAAUUAAAUAUCCAAAGUAUAAAAUUUCUAAAAAAUAAUAUUUUUCUAAGUAACCUUUUUGCAAAAAAAAAAAACCCUUAAGAGUUCCUACAUUUAUAUACUUUGAUAUAAAUGUAUUUGUUAGCUAUAUUAUUGUUAAACACCAUUUAUAUAUUUAUUAGUUUUAUGUUUUUUUUUUUUUUUUUUAAGAGAAAUCAAAAGAUAAUUAUAAUAAAAAAAACAAAUUGAAUUUUUGUAUCUCAAAAAAUAGAAUUAAAAACGUUUAAGAAUUCGAAAAUAUCGAUUAACUGUGACUUAAUUAAAUAGAAUUUAUGAAUGUUAUCAAUGUUAUCGUAUGAAUUUACAAUGAAAAUAAAAUUUAUUAUAUUUUUUCUAUGAAGGUAA